CACUGCAUGGUAAGAGGUUCACUAUAUAUUAGUAUAUUUGAUAAGGAAUUUUUUUGUUACAAUCAGUAUUUAGUUUCAGACUAUAUUAAUUUUUUGAAUGAUUACAUUGGAAAAUUGCAGAUCAUUUUAAAGCUGUAGCACUUUUAAAUGUUCAUGUUGAAAUUGGUUGAGUUAGAAAGGUCAAAUAUUAACACAAUAUGAAGUAAUUUAAAAAGUGAAAUUGUAGGCAGGCGUGAAACGUAACAUGCCCAGAAGUGGGCGGGGCUUCCUUGCUGGGUCCUGUGCCUUUAAGCCGGUGCGGAAGUAAACGAACUGCCGGGUUACGACAGCGAUCACGAACAGGUCAUCUUUUUAUAAGAGUAUUGCAUUGUACUUUUUUUUUUUAUUCCAGUAAAUUUGAGUCAUUGACAUGUUCUAACUUGCUUUCGUACUGUAAUCUAGGGUGUGGAGUGCGCUAGAGCCCUUUCCUUUUCCUGCAGUGAACUUGCCGUCGUUUGCGCGAAACGCAAAUUAAAAUAGCUUAUUUAUUUUUAACGCUUGAGCUCAACUUUUCUCCUCAUGGCCGCGUCUAAAUGCGUGCGACUUAGCGGCCAAGUGGCCAAAGAACUGCUAGACUCUGUGGACAGCGUCCUGUUUGACUGCGACGGGGUUAUCUGGAGGGGGGACCAGGCCGUCCCCGGUGCGCCUCAAGUCAUCCAGCUGCUCAAGAAACACGGCAAGAAAGUAUUUUUCGUCACCAACAACAGCUCCAAGACGAGGAGGAUGUACGUGGAGAAAAUGUCCACACUGGGCUUUAGCGCGGCCGAGGACGAGGUGUUUGGGACCGCGUACUGCUCCGCCAUGUACCUGAAGAAUGUGUGCAAGCUGCAGGGCAAAGUGUACCUGAUCGGCAGCAACGCCAUGAAGCAGGAGCUGGAGGCGAUCGGCGUCCAGCCGAUCGGAAUGGGACCGGACCACGUCUUCGGCAAGCAGACCGACUGGGCCAACGUGCCUCUGGAUCCUGAGGUCAGGGCGGUGCUGGUCGGGUUUGAUGAGCAUUUCAGCUACAUGAAGCUGAACAGAGCCAUGCAGUACCUCUCCCGGACGGACUGUUUGUUUGUGGGCACCAACAGAGACACCAGGCUGCCUCUGGAGGGUGGCACGGCCGUCCCAGGUACGGGCUGUCUACUGCAGGCCGUCGAGACCGCAGCCCAGCGGCAGGCCGCAACGGUGGGCAAACCCAACCACUUCAUGUUCGACUGCGUCGCCUCCAACUUUGGCCUCGAGCCCGGUCGCUGCCUGAUGGUCGGCGACCGUCUGGACACGGACAUCAUGCUGGGUUCCAACUGCGGCCUAAAGACGCUCCUCACCCUCACGGGGGUCAGCACGGUGGCCGACGCUGAGGCCAAUCGGCAGAGUGAUUGCACGGAGAGGCAGAGGAUGGUGCCGGAUUAUUACGUGGAGACCAUCGCAGAUCUGCUUCCGGCCCUCCAGGGUUAAGACUAAAAUUUAUUUAUGCGGUCACCUAGUUUCCAUUGUCUUCCAAUUGUCUUGGUUGUAUUAAUAGUUUAUCAUCAUGUUACAAAAGGACACAAAGACUAACCAAAUAUUUUCCUGAAUCAUUCAUUUAAAUCUUCUCUUUGUUCUGUUGAAAACAAGCUUGUGCCUCACUCAAAAAUUGAAUCGUUUUUAAGGAUUGCCAGAUGCUAAGGUAUAGAUAAAAAGUGAUUGAAUAUAAUUUAAUCUUAAAUUUUACAGGAAGUCAUGGCUGCAACGGUCACAAAGGAGAAAUGUGAUCGCUUGUCCUAGUCAAUCAGAACUCUGACGGCAGCUUUAUUAGAUCAGAGACUUGCUGGUGCACAUUAAAACAAUCAAGAGGUGGCCAAAAGCAUGAAGCAGAUUUUCAGCAUCAGACAGAUUUUUAAAGUGCUUGAAAAUGGAGAGCAACGUCUCAUUAAGAUGUCGUUAAAUGAUCAAUUUUCCCCAAACAAAAAAUAUCAUGAGUGAUAAUAAUUAGUGUUUGUAAAAGUUGCUUUACUAAAGUAUUCUAGUACAGCACAUUUCAAUAUACAAUCUUGAUAGAUUAAAUCCAUUCGUGGGCAGCGUCCCAUUUUUGGGACAUCAUGAUUUUCACGCAUUAUAUCCUUCAGUAUAUCAAAAUAUUUAAGUGUUUUAAUCUGAAGCCAUAAUUUGGUAUCAGGAGAGGAUAACUCAUUGGUCAAAGUUAGCACUGAGUUAUUUCCCUUUCCUUCCUUACCCAACAUGGCUGCCUCAAGUUAUCAUAUAACAACCAUAAAUGAAAAAUAAUUAUUUCCUUGAUUGUGGCCUGUUAGGAGACUUUUAUUUCAAUAAGGCUAAAAUUGCCACCCUGCCCAUGAAUGGGUUAAAAGAAUUGUGAAAGUGGAGCAAUUGUAUCGCACUAUGGUUUGUAAACCUGUGCUUGCUUGUUUUCAAAAAUGACAAAUUACUGUAUUUUUUCAAAGUACUAUAUUAUAUCUGUGUACCAGUGUCAAGAAUCAGGACUAGUAUUAGAGUAACUCUAAGGGAGAUAAAUGUGUACUUAAAUGACCUCUCUGUGAUGAAAUCCUGUCGCUUUGGCAACUAAGGGUGCAAUUUAAGGAAGGAAGUGAGUUUCAAUGUGAAUUAUAAAAGAUGUAUGCUGGGGUCACACAACAA